GAAGAAGAAGAAGGGAAGCGAGGAGGGGAGCAUCCUUUCACUACCUCCACCAGCAUCGCCUCCACCAUUGACACCGCUCCGCGCCUCCGCUCGCGCCCAUCCAUGCCCGUGCCGCCGGUUCGGUGUUAGGGCUGAACCGCAUCGGCUGAAGAAAAUGGGGCAGCGCGCGGGCCGGGCCGUGCUGCUGCUGCUGGCGGGGCUGCUGGGCGAGGCGCGGGCAGGAUUCCCCAACACCAUCAGCAUCGGUGGACUUUUCAUGAGAAACACUGUUCAGGAGCACAGCGCGUUUCGGUUUGCUGUGCAGUUAUACAACACAAACCAAAACACCACCGAAAAGCCCUUCCAUCUGAACUACCACGUAGAUCACUUGGACUCUUCCAACAGUUUUUCAGUGACAAAUGCUUUCUGCUCACAGUUUUCCAGAGGAGUUUAUGCCAUCUUUGGAUUCUAUGACCAGAUGUCAAUGAACACACUGACGUCGUUUUGUGGAGCCCUUCACACGUCCUUCAUCACACCCAGCUUCCCAACAGACGCAGACGUGCAGUUUGUCAUCCAGAUGCGGCCUGCAUUAAAAGGAGCCAUCUUGAGUCUCUUGACCUAUUACAAGUGGGAAAAGUUUGUGUACCUCUAUGACACAGAACGGGGAUUUUCCAUUCUCCAGGCAAUUAUGGAAGCAGCAGUUCAAAACAACUGGCAAGUGACAGCCAGAUCUGUAGGAAGCAUAAAGGAUGUUCAAGAAUUCAGAAGAAUUAUAGAGGAAAUGGACAGGCGACAAGAAAAAAGAUACUUAAUUGACUGUGAAGUAGACAGAAUAAACACCAUUUUGGAACAGGUUGUAAUCCUUGGCAAACAUUCUAGAGGCUAUCACUACAUGCUAGCAAACCUGGGUUUCACAGACAUUGUGCUGGAGAGGGUGAUGCAUGGAGGUGCCAAUGUUACUGGAUUCCAGAUAGUUAAUAAUGAAAACCCAAUGGUUCAGCAGUUUCUACAACGCUGGGUGAGGCUCGAUGAAAGAGAAUUCCCGGAAGCCAAAAACUCACCAUUAAAGUAUACAUCUGCCCUGACCCAUGAUGCAGUCCUAGUCAUAGCAGAGGCUUUCCGUUACCUCCGAAGGCAACGUGUGGAUGUCUCCAGGAGAGGUAGUGCUGGGGACUGCCUGGCCAACCCUGCAGUACCAUGGAGCCAAGGAAUUGAUAUAGAAAGAGCGCUGAAAAUGGUGCAAGUUCAAGGAAUGACAGGGAAUAUCCAGUUUGAUACUUAUGGGCGGAGAACAAAUUACACAAUUGAUGUGUAUGAAAUGAAAGCUUCUGGAUCAAGAAAGGCUGGUUAUUGGAAUGAAUAUGAAAGAUUUGUGCCAACAUUAGAUCAGCUGCCCUCUAAUGACACUUCAUCCGUGGAGAACAGAACCAUAGUAGUCACUACCAUCCUGGAAUCACCAUAUGUAAUGUAUAAGAAAAACCAUGAACAACUAGAAGGGAAUGAGAGAUAUGAAGGAUAUUGUGUAGACUUAGCUUCUGAAAUAGCAAAACAUGUUGGAAUAAAAUACAAACUGUCAAUUGUUGGAGAUGGGAAAUAUGGAGCUAGGGACCCUGAGACUAAGAUAUGGAAUGGCAUGGUGGGUGAACUGGUCUAUGGGAGAGCAGAUAUAGCUGUUGCCCCCCUCACCAUAACACUGGUACGAGAAGAAGUCAUAGACUUUUCCAAACCUUUUAUGAGCCUGGGAAUCUCCAUCAUGAUCAAGAAGCCUCAGAAAUCUAAACCGGGCGUAUUCUCUUUCCUGGAUCCUUUGGCUUAUGAAAUUUGGAUGUGUAUAGUCUUUGCUUACAUUGGCGUCAGCGUAGUUCUUUUCCUAGUCAGCAGAUUCAGCCCUUAUGAAUGGCACUUGGAAGACGGCAGUGAAGAACCACGUGACCCUCAGAAUCCUCCUGAUCCUCCCAAUGAGUUUGGAAUAUUUAACAGCCUUUGGUUUUCCCUGGGUGCCUUUAUGCAGCAAGGAUGCGAUAUUUCUCCAAGAUCUCUCUCAGGGCGAAUUGUUGGAGGAGUCUGGUGGUUCUUCACUCUCAUCAUUAUCUCUUCCUACACUGCUAAUCUUGCUGCCUUCCUUACGGUGGAAAGGAUGGUGUCUCCCAUAGAGAGCGCAGAGGAUCUGGCUAAGCAAACUGAGAUAGCCUAUGGCACUUUGGAUUCAGGCUCAACCAAAGAAUUCUUUAGAAGAUCAAAAAUUGCCGUCUACGAGAAAAUGUGGUCUUACAUGAAGUCGGCCGAGCCCUCCGUGUUCACCAAAACCACGGCAGACGGGGUGGCGAGGGUGCGCAAGUCCAAGGGGAAGUUCGCCUUCCUGCUGGAGUCGACGAUGAACGAGUACAUCGAGCAGCGCAAGCCCUGCGACACCAUGAAAGUUGGAGGGAACCUGGAUUCCAAGGGCUACGGGGUAGCCACCCCCAAAGGCUCAGCAUUAAGAACUCCUGUAAACCUUGCAGUAUUGAAACUCAGUGAACAAGGCAUCUUAGACAAGCUGAAAAACAAAUGGUGGUACGAUAAGGGUGAAUGUGGAGCCAAGGACUCCGGAAGUAAGGACAAGACCAGUGCUCUGAGCCUGAGCAAUGUGGCCGGGGUUUUCUAUAUUCUUGUUGGAGGCCUCGGGCUCGCCAUGAUGGUGGCUUUAAUCGAGUUUUGUUACAAGUCUCGGGCAGAGUCCAAGCGAAUGAAACUCACCAAGAACACCCAAAACUUUAAACCUGCUCCCAGCACCAAUACCCAGAAUUACGCUACGUACAGAGAAGGCUACAACGUGUAUGGCACAGAAAGCGUGAAAAUCUAGGGAUCCUCGAUCUGACAGCAUGCAGGAGGAGAAGCAGCAGAGAAUGUGGCUACUUCAUGGAUUCGGACCACCUGAGCCAGUCGCACUCUAGCCGAGGUGUCAGGUGUGACACGCAUUGAUGAUGGUGCAAUGAACUUUUAAUAGGAAAAACUGAUUUUUUUCCUUCAGUGCCUUAUGGAAGACUCUGAGACUCACAACAAUGCAAACCAUCACUGAAAUAUUCUUGCUUUGCUUGAAAAAAGAAAAAAAAAGAAAGAGAAGAAAAGGAAAAAGAAGAAAAGAGAAGAAAAGA